AGGAAAAACAAAAUCCAUUUCCCUCGAUCCAGCCGAAACCACCGCCACCAGAAGGAAAACCGAAGCAACACUCAGAUCAUGUUCCGGCAAGCGUCACGCCUCUUGGCUCGAACCACCACAUCGAGGGGGAGUCGAGCUUUUUCCUCCGAUGUACCGGCCACUCCCACUCAAGAUUCCAACUUCAUCGACUCAUGGACCAAAGUGGUUCCCAACCUAGACCCUCCCAAGACUCCCUCGUCCUUCAUGACCCCUCGCCCAGCUACCCCUACUUCUAUCCCCUCUAAACUCGCCGUUAACUUCGUCCUUCCUUACGCAUCUGAGCUCUCCGGAAAAGAGGUUGACAUGGUAAUAGUUCCAGCAACCACCGGACAGAUGGGUGUAUUGCCUGGACAUGUCCCUACAAUUGCUGAACUCAAACCUGGGAUCUUGUCGGUGCAUGAAGGAAAUGAUGUAACAAAGUAUUUCCUCAGCAGCGGCUUUGCUCUUAUCCAUGCCAACUCUAUUGCUGAUAUCAUUGCCGUGGAAGCAGUGCCAGUCGACCGCCUUGAUCCUGCCUUGGUCCAGAAGGGUCUGGCGGACUUUACCCAAAAGCUUAGUUCGGCUUCAACUGAUCUGGAGAAAGCUGAAGCCCAAAUAGGUGUCGACGUUCACAGUGCUAUGAAUUCUGCUAUUACAGGUUAAUUGUUUUCUUAAUCAACUUUGUUUGAUCCUUAGACUUCUUGUCAGAUUGCUUCCUGUUUUGUAUGUAUUGAUGAUCAUCAAAUGACUGAGAUCUCUGAAGAUGCCUAAUUUGUUGUUUUUCAGAGCUUGGAAUAAAAUUUUCUGAAACAAGAACCUUGUAAUAUCUCUUGGUGUUUA